AUGAAAGCUUCUAAGGUAACCGUGAAAGGUGUGGCUCUCAUAAUCGGAGACAACAACGUUAGAGGUUCUCUUCAGUUUCUUCCGCACCCUAAUGGGACCACCCAUGUGACAGGGAGAAUAACAGGGUUGUCCCCAGGCUUUCAUGGCUUCCAUAUUCAUGCUUUUGGUGACACCACCAAUGGCUGCAACUCCACUGGUCCUCAUUUCAAUCCAUUGAAGAAGGAUCAUGGGGCUCCUUCAGAUACUGAGCGUCAUGCUGGUGAUUUGGGCAACAUUGUUGCAGGCCCUGAUGGAGUUGCUGAGAUUUCUAUUAAAGAUACACAGAUUCCGCUAACUGGAGUUCACUCCAUAAUUGGGAGGGCUGUUGUUGUGCAUGCUGAUCCUGAUGAUCUUGGAAAGGUUAUUUUCCUGUACAAAGCUUGUAUUGAAUAUCCUUGA